AUGGCUUAUCCGAUCGCGAAUUUGCAAGACUUGAUCCCCCCAACAAUGUCUUCCUUUUUCUCCGCCUAUGCUCCCUAUGCUGGUUACGUGUUUAUGCUUCAAGCAUCAUUCAAAUACUUGAAAUCAAGCAUCAACUACCUCCUAGACCCUGAAGCUAAUCAUAUGACUCUCCUCAUCGACGUUUGUGGCCAACGCGGAAUGACUCAGCGCAACCAAGUCUAUGAUGCAGCUGAGGUAUAUCUCGCCACCAAGAUCAGCCCUAAAACCCUAGUUUUUCAAACCACCAAAACACCUGAACAAAAGACCCCCAGACUUGCCGUUACCACCACUCAAGAAAUCACCGACACUUUCGAAAACAUUAAACUAAAAUGGCGCAUGAUCUUCCCUUCCGAUGAUGACCAUCACUGCAGUAGUGAUCUGAGUCCUCGCAUUGAGCUAACAUUCCACAAGAAACACAAGGACAAGGUGAUGGACUCGUACAUCCCCUAUGUGUUGGCUCAGGCUGAGGCUAUUAAAGACGCAGAGGCUAUGAAUGAUGACGACAAGAAUCUGAAGCUUUAUAGCUACAACGUCAAACGUUCCAUUCAAAACCAGACUACUCGUGGCAAUUGGAGCUGCGUAGACCUAGAGCACCCAGCUACUUUCGAAACAAUAGCAAUGGAGCCGGAGCUGAAGAGGAUGAUCAUAGAGGAUUUGGACAAGUUUAUGAAGAGGAGGGAGUUCUAUAAGAGAGUUGGCAAACCUUGGAAGAGAGGUUACUUGUUGUAUGGUCCACCCGGUACUGGAAAAUCCAGCUUGGUUGCUGCCAUGGCUAAUCACCUCCAUUUUAACAUUUACGACUUGGAACUUACUAGUUUUUCCAGCAAUGAAGAGUUGAGGAAAGCCUUGAUGUCUACCACAAAUCGUUCUAUUGUCGUGUUUGAGGAUAUUGAUUGCAUCGAGGGAUCCAUAAACCGGGAAUCAACAGAGAACAAGAAGUUUAGGGUUUCCGAAGCCAAGGUUACACUCUCGGGUCUACUGAAUGUCCUCGAUGGUCUGUGGUCAAGUUGCGGUGAUGAGAGGAUUGUGGUGUUAACCACCAACCACAAGGAACGGCUAGACACUGCAUUGUUGCGGCCUGGUCGAAUGGACAUGCACAUUCACAUGCCGUAUUGCACCCCAAGAGGUUUUGAGACCUUAGCCUCGAACUACCUUGGCAUUCAGGACACCGGAGAACGUCACCUGGGUCAAGAAAUUGAAGGUUUGAUGGAGAGCACAAACAUCACCCCUGCAGAGGUUUGUGAGGAGCUUAUGAAGGGUGAGGGUGAGGGUGAUGCUGCUCUUGAAGGUGUUGUCAAUUUACUCAAACGCAAGAGGGAAGAAAGCAAAGUAAUAGUGAUCGAGGAUGAAAGGAACAAAGAACCUGAAAUUCCAAACGCAAUUGCAAAGAGGCAGAAAACAAAGGAUAACAACAUAAGCAAAUUUUUCAGAAAGGUGAGUAAGAAAAUUGGAAUUUCUCGAGUUAGAAAUGGAAAACGAAGAAGACCGGGUUGGCCAUGA